AAAUUAUAUAUUGAACUUCGAAAAAUAGUAAGUUAAAAAUAUUUUUUUAAUGAAUUUUUUAUAUUUUAAUUACUAAUAUACAAAGCAUUCAAGAGAUGUUCUUACGUAUAGUAUAAUUGUUAUGCAAAUUUAAAAUUAUAUAUCAUUAAAUUAAAUACUUUUAUUCUAUUUACUUUUAUUAAUAUUAGAAAAUAUACUUUAUUAUUUCAAUAGAUAAGUUUUUACUUUAUUAAAAUAGCUUUAAAAUGUAAAAAUAAAAAUUACAUGCAAUUACCCAAUUUACUUUUCUUAGUUAUAACAAAUGUUCAAGAAGUAGUGAUUAUAAUUUUUAAGACUUUUAUCUUUCAUAUAUAUAUAUAUUUGUCACAGGAUAAACCAAUGUACGCCUAUGUGUGGGCUAAUAGAAGAGAUGUGCGAGAGGCUCUUCACAUCCGUGAGGUAUUUAAUGACAUUGAGUGGGUGGGAUGCAAUGAAACCUUGAGAUUUUAUUAUGACAAGGAACCCAUAUCAUACACACAUAAUAUAUUGAGUAAUGUUGCCUAUCAUCGAUACCUUGCUAAUAAAAACUGCCGAUCUCUUGUAUAUAGUGGAGAUCUAGACAUGUCUGUUUCCUAUUUGAGUACAUUGAAGUGGAUUGAAUCGCUAAAUUUAUUAGUCAAUAAUGAUUGGGGACCUUGGUUUGUCGAUGGACAAGUAGCUGGCUACACUAUGAAAUAUUUACAUAAUGACUACAACUUAACAUUUGCUACUAUAAAGGGAGGAGGUCACAUUGCUCCGGAUUAUAAACCAAAUGAAUGUUUAAUGAUGCUUAUGAGGUGGUUUUCCAAUGACGCUUUGUAA